AUGACCGACCCGGAGCAUGCCACGUGGGAUCUGUACCUCAUAUACUACGGCAGCAACCCUGCUAAGAGCUGUCCACUCUGCACAAAGGUGUUUGCCGGCCAGGGCGCCAAAUGGCGGCUGGCCUGGCGAUUCACUCUACACUCCGACUGGCAGCUCAUCCGGAAAGCAUACAAGAGUGCGGAGGGGGUUGUGUGCACGGCCAUCUCCUUCAUAGAUGAUGACCUUGAGGUGGCCGGUGGGGAGGUCCUGAACACAGCCCUCGCCGUGUUUGAAGCCUUUGACCUGCUCAUUGCCCAGCCCAGCGUCUGCAACGAGCCUGGGUCCUGGACGCCGUACCGCGCGCUGUUCACCGUGCGCUCCAUGGUGCUGCGCUACGUGAACAUGGUGGAGAUCAUGGCCCCCAUCUUCGAGAUGGAACUGUUCGAUCGCAUGGUGCGCCCCACCCUCUUCGACGCCUACUUUGGCUGGGGCCUGGACUGGCUGUGGCCCGCCCUGCUUUCCUACCCCCCGGACAAGGUGGCCGUGAUCGACGAGGUGUGCGUGUACCACCCCAAGACGGACCGGAAGAACAGCGCCCUCUACAAGCUGGAAGCCCCCAUGACCGCAAGGGAGGAGGCCAACCUGCACAUCACGGAGUGGGGCUGGUCGCCGGAGGGCAGGGCAGUGCGGGGCUUCUCCUCGUACUCCUGCGACGUGAUCAGCGAGGUGGCGCGGCCCUCACCUAUCGCAGCACCCAACCUGUCAAACUUCCUGCCCGGCAACAACACCAUGCCCUCCAUCGUCGCGGGUGGCAUCAAGCACUGGCUGACGCGCAAGGAGCCCUUCCGCCUCUCCAGCGUGCGUGUGUGGAGCGACCUUGGGCUGAACCAGCUGGGUCUGCUGGUCAGGACGAUCCCUGUAUUCAUCGUGGGGGCUGGCAUCGCGUCUGUAAUGCUGUACAGGAAGAAACGAAGGAGCGUCAAGCGCAAAAUCACCCUGGGCUGA